AUGACCUCCAACAGACCGGAUACCUGCUGUUACAAAGGUUUCAAGCAUGAAGGCGAAGCAACGGGUCAAAUGGAACAAUGGGGCGAUUUCGAGGUCUAUGUCAAAUACCCCGAGAACAAGUCGACGGAGAGAGCGAUUCUCUUCUUGACCGAUGUAAUUGGCCACCGCUCCAUCAACUCUCAGCUCCUGGCCGACCAAUUCGCUGCCAACGGAUACUUUGUCGUGAUGCCUGACCUCUUCUACGGCGAUGCAAUCGAGUUGAACCAGCUCGGCGAGCUCGAUAUUCCCAAGUGGUUCGGAGGUGGAUACAGCGCCCGGGGCAUUGGACACGACGCGUCCAUCGUCGACCCGAUUGUCGAGACAUGCUUGUCUCAGAUGCGGCUCAAGCACCACUGCAAAAAAAUCGGCGCUGUGGGCUACUGUUUCGGGGCGAAAUACGUCGUCCGCUUCCUGCGGCCAGACCAAGCGAAGAUCGACGUCGGUUACGGCGCACACCCAAGCCAGAUCGCAAGGGACGAGCUGCAAGCUAUCAAAGGACCCUUCGCCAUCGCCGCGGCGGCCCACGACCACGUGUUCCCGCCCGAGAAGCGCCAUGAAAGGCAUCCACAAAAUCGCCCUUGGUUCGCCUUUCUGGCCAUCACCUGUGACGACCGGAACUGUCAGAACCUGGUCGGCGACGCCCUCAAGGCCAUCUCUGACAAGGCGUGGAUCACCACGGAAGAACGAAGCUCCGCGAUCGGCAAGAUGGUCGACGUGAUAAUGGAGGCGCCUGAGGAAUGA